CUUCACUCAUGCUGUUUUUCUCUUAGUAGGCCAUACAGCAAUGGCGCAGUUUGUCAGCGCAAGGUCAGGUGUCAGGUCACAUCCAUGUCGACAAGACGAUGCUCGCCGCCUGCGACGCUUGUGCGUCUGCGCAGCGACUUCCGCAAAAUUAACAUCGCAUCUUGUAUCAAACAGCUUGAUUGGGGACCACGUUAGCGAUGCGGUUGAGCGAACAGCUCGGCCUGGUGACCUUUCACCGACCGUCGUUGUGGCGACCACAUCGCUAACGCGGACCGGGAAAACAUGGACGCGGUGCCCGAUAGAAAUGCGUGUACGGACGCUGCCAGCUGUAGACGCGAACGGCGCCGCGACCCGCACCCCCUACGCCCGCUGGUGCUGCCGCGUAAACCUGCGCGCCUCUCCGGAGCCGUCCCCGUCCGCGGAUCAUCCUGCUGCUGCCGGCAUGGGUACGGCCAGCAGCCGACGCACGCCGCCGCUCGCGCCCGGCUCCCCCGAGUUCCAGUUCUCCCGCCACUUCACCACCGUGUACGACGACCCCCAACACCUGAAGCUGGCCAUCCAGGCGGCACAGGCCGUUCUGCUCAACCCCGCAUCUGUGCCGCUGUCACGCGCGUCCGGCUUUGCGCCCGAGCUUGUCAAGCUGGUGGCGCCGCCGGCGGAGGUGACGGCGGCGGUGACGGCAGAGAUGACGGCGGCAGAGGCAGCAGCUGCACAAUCUGAGCAGCCGUACGGUGCCGGGCCGCGGGAGGCUCCUGCCGCCGUGCUGCCCACGGACCCGGCCGUGCUCGCUCAAGCGCUGUCCGCCGCCGUCGCCGCCGCGCUAGACCCUGCCAAGGCUAAAGCCACGGCUGCUGCUGCCGCGGCGGCAGGCACCAGGCCGCCGGCGGGACUGCAGGUGAAGCCACACCACGUGGCGGACUUCCUGCUGCAGCACCGCCAACGCCGCCGAGGCCACAACCACCAUCCCAACCACCCCAACCACCACAUCAACCACCAACCUGACAACCACCACCAGCACACGCGGCCGCAGCCGCACGCGGCACCAGCCGUGCACGCCCCUGAGGCCUCCCCGGCCCCUCCCUCUCCUCCUCCUCCGCCGCCGCCACCGUUAGAGGUGGAGGCGGCGCAGCAGGUGUGGGAGGCGCGGCACUGCGACGCGCUGCUGCUGCGGCUGGGGCUGUUCCCGGACGUGUAUGAGGCCACCGCCAGCCGCGGCGCGGUGGUGCUGGAGGUGGACGUGCUGGCGGGCGGCGACGGCGCCGUGCCCAAGAUGGACGUGCUGGAGAUCAUCACCGCGGCCGCCGAGCCGGGUGACCCCAGGGCGGAGGCGCCGGACGCGUCGGCGCCGCCGCACCGCAUCACACUGCUGGCGCCCGCCGCCACCGCCACCUCCAUCGCUGUCAGUGGCAUGGGCAUCGCCGCAACCGCCGCCGCCGCUGCUAGCGGAGCUGCGUCGCCGCCGCCAGCAGCAGCAGCAGAGCAGGCCGGCAAGCCCCGUACCAGGCCUGACAAGCACAAGCCGCUGCUGCGCUGCUGCGGCCACGUGGAGGUGCUGCUGCUGGACCUGCUGCGCGCCGCCACCCGCCGCCUGGCGGAGGAGCUCCUCACCGCAUCAUCACCCGGCAGUAGCACCGGAGGCGGCAUCACCAGCAGAACCAGCAGUAGCACCGCCACCACCACCAGCACUACUGAUGCAUCUCCGGCAGCUGCGUCACUGCCAUCGCCAUUGUCAGUGCCGCCGAUGCCAGUGCCAGCAGUAGUGCCGCCGCCACCGUCUGCUGCCGGUAGCGACCUGCGGCGGCGCAUUGCCGCGGCGGCGCGCGAGCUGCGGGCGGCGCAGGCGGACUGCCUGCCUUGCUUCGUGGUGGGCGACCAAGACGUGGGCGCUCUGCCUGAACUGGAGGCGGCGGCGGGGCUGGGUCGCAAGGGCGUGCGGCGCAUGAGCCUGCAGGAGGUGCAGGUACUGCUGGCCCGCCACCACAGCCACUACGGCAGUAGCAGCAGCAGCAGCAGCAGCGGCUUGGCGCGAGGCGGGGGAGGAGGCGGCGGGGACACGGUGCCGUACCACGCGUUGCAGCAGGCGCUGAACGAGUGCUUCAAUGAGGCGCUCUGGUGUGCGGGGCUGGCGGCGCAUGCGGAGCAGGUGGCGGGUGCGGUGCGCGAGGCGGCGGGCCGGGCCGUGGCGGCUGUGGUGGACGGGGUGCGCUAUCCCGAGACACAGCGGCUGCUCAGCGCCUGCCUGGCGGCGCACGUGGACGAGCUGGCGGGCGCCGUACUCCGCCGCCGGCUGUACGAGCUGCUGCGAGUGGAGCGGAUCAUGGUCUACACGCGCGGCGGUGGCGGCGCGUUCCGCAGGGAGCGCGCGUCCUUCAUGGGUCGGCUGGUGGCCGCGCUGCAGGGACCAGACGACGACCAGCCGGUGGAUGAGGAGGCUCUGAUGCUGAUGGCCACAUGCCUGGCCUACUUCAAGGUGCUGCACGCGGGGGUGCAGGCGGCCGUGCCCCGUGCGCUGGCCGCCCACCUGCUACAGCCGCUGGCGCAGCCCGCCAAGCUACAGCCGCUGCUGUGGCAACGCGUGCUGGCGGCCGACGACAUCACCUGGCACCAGGUCUCCAAGGAGCUCCUGCUGACGCACGCGGCCGCGGGCGGUGGGCACGGCGCGGCCACAGCAGCGGCCGCAGCAGCAGCGGGGGCGGCUGCUGCGGAUGCGCCCAGCAAGCGGCGCUAGGAGCGGCAGAUAGAGACGGGGCAACGAGUGAAGCGGUGGCGCCGCGGCGCCGGGGCAGUUUGGUUUGCCGCCAGGCAGCUCUGCCAGCUACGACCAGCACAUGGCAUACGGAGGGAUGGGGCCGCCACGGAGAAUGUCGAAUCUGUGCGCUUGGUGGCGUUGAGGGCACAUGAGACAAUGAGACAGGCAUAGGACAUGUAGACGGUGUGUUUGGUAGACGGGGGAGUAGGGGGCAGCAAGCAAGGGCUAACCGAACGCGCACAGACCCCCCAUUGACGUUCGGUACCAGGGGAGAACGUCAAUCGGGAGGGGCUGUGCGCGUUCAUGGUACAUGGAGGACAGGAGAGAUAGUCCGUGCAGAUGGGUGGGAGGGAACCGAUGUUGCCAGCUGGGUUGGGCGGGCACGCAUGCUAUCGUUGUUCGGCGUUGCACGAGUCCAGCCAGCCACCAUCUUCAGACCCGUGCCAGGCCCCCUCAACAGCACUACCUAGGCAGCGGUGAGGUACCUUCGUCCCCAAUAUGGUUUAGCUGCAGCGGGGCGCGCGUUUGCGGUGACCGAACCGGUGGCCCUAGAAUCCCCUCCUCCGAGCCUCCUCCGAGUCACCUGCCAUCCCUUGUCACCCUAGCCACGCCUAGUUUGCGGCCCUGGGUGCACACGCUAAUAAUCGUACACUGUUUCUGGGCAUACAAUCAUGCAGCGAGCCCGUGGCUGCUUUUGCCAAAUCGCAAA